AUGGCACCAUCCGUCACAGAAACCGUCACAGAAACCGUGACUCAAGUCACCGAAAACCUCAAGCAGAAGCCUGCUGCAAGUCUCAAGGAUCAAACCGAGCCAAAGCUUGAGACGGGCCAUCGGGAGCCCUUGAAGCUGAGCGGAGCACUUGACCAAUUCAAGCAGUUUGAAGUCACACCAGUGAUUGGAAAGGAGUUUGUGGAUGUCGAUCUCGCUGAGUGGCUAAGGGCACCUAACUCAGACGAGUUGCUCAGAGAUUUGGCCAUCACAGUGUCCCAAAGAGGUGUCGUUUUCUUCCGCAAGCAGGACAACAUCACCAACGACCUUCAAAAGGAGCUCGUACAGCGUCUUGGCGAGCUCAGUGGAAAGCCCAAAACAUCUGGGCUGCACAUUCACCCAGUUAACAAUGGUGCUCGGGACCACGGUGUUGAAGACAAUGAAAUCAGCGUUAUUUCCUCUGAGCAGGCUAAGAAGAUUUAUGCAGACCGCUUUCUGAAGACCAACAAGCGCCAGAGUCAAAAGUCACAAUGGCACUCUGAUAUCACUUUUGAGCCCAUCCCUAGUGACUAUGCUCUGCUGAGAUUGACGGAGCUGCCAACAACGGGAGGAGAUACACUCUGGGCUUCUGGAUAUGAGCUUUAUGAUCGCAUCUCCAAGCCACUGCAGAAGUUCUUUGAUGGCUUAACAGCCUACUACGCACAGCCGGGCUUCAAAGAGGCUGCUGAUCACAACGGGUUCUCUCUCUUUUCUACUCCUCGUGGAGCCCCCGAGAACAUUGGCGAUGUUCUUGAAGCUAUUCACCCCGUCAUUCGUACUAAUCCCGUUACUGGGUGGAAGAGUGUCUUCGCUGUCGGCCAUCACGUCCAGCACAUUCACGGCCUUUCUGAAGACGAAUCCAAAUAUUUCUUGGACUGGUUCGUACGAUUGAUCGUAGAAAACCACGAUCUACAGGUCCGAAACCGCUGGCAAAAUGUCAACGAUCUGGCCAUCUGGGAUAACCGCAGUGUCUACCACGCCGCCACGCCAGAUUACCUUCACCAAGGACUUGGCGAGCGGACCGGAUCUCGGUCUGUCAGCUUGGGCGAGAAGCCUUACUUUGACCCUCAAAGCGUGAGCCGCAGGGAAGCCAUUGCAUCUGAAAAGGCAUGA